AUUAUUUAGGGCCGAUUUUUCAAUGCUCAGAUAGACAGGCAGAUAGCGUUUAUUCGACAGAUAGCGAAAUAUUCAAUUUUUCAAUCGUCAGAUAGAACUUAUUCGUCCAAUAACUCAGUUACCUGGAGAAUAAAUCUAUCUGCUGCUUGGGCCGCCAGAUAGUGCUUAUUCCAUUGAUAAUUUGACAUUGUUUGACAUUUGAGGUUAUUAAGAAAGUGAGAAUAAUCAUCAUUUUCAAUUUUUCAAUGGAUAUUUUCGAUGAUAUUGAUGAUUUGGCGAUCGAAGAAGAGGCAGUAAUGAACGAGUAUAUUAAUCCAGUAGAAAGGAAAGUCAGAGUCGUGAAAACGAGGCCUGAUCAUUACAGCAUGUGGGAUGGAAGAGAAUUUCAUCGCCGGUUCAGGCUUAUGAAAGAGUCUGUGCAGUAUUUGCUUUAUCUUAUAGAAGAUAAAAUCAAGCACAAAACACUAAGGAACCAGUGUAUCCCACCUAUGUUACAAUUGUUGAUUACACUGCGGUUUUAUGCCACUGGGAGUUUCUAUAUCACUGUUGGCGAUUUUGGUGGCAUUCAUAGCUCCACUAUAUGCGGCAUUAUAAAAAAAGUCACUGAUGCUAUCGCAUCCUUAAGACCAAUAUUUAUAAAGUUACCAAGAAGCGAAGAAGAGAUUAGAAGGACUCAGGAAGACUUUUAUAAAAUAGCUAGUUUCCCUCGAGUGAUCUCGGCUAUAGAUUGCACCCAUAUCAGGAUCCAGUCUCCUGGUGGAAACACAGCGGAGGUAUUUAGGAACAGAAAAGGAUUUUUUUCUUUUAAUGUGCAAGCUAUGUGCUCUGCGGACUUGCUAUUUCAAGAUGUUGUUGCACGUUGGCCUGGCUCUACUCAUGAUAGCAUGAUUUUUUCUAAUUCAAGUGCAAAAUUCCACUGUCAGAAUCAUGCAUUUGGCAAUGGAAUUAUAUUAGGAGACAGUGGGUAUGAGCAAACAAAUUCCCUACUUACACCUUUUCCAAACCCGGAAACACCUGCUCAGAGUUUGUACAAUGAGUCUCAAAUACGGACACGGAACGUCAUUGAAAGAUGCUUUGGAGUGUGGAAAAGACGGUUUCCGGUACUAAGCAUUGGAUUAAGGUGUAAGUUGCCACUUGCACAGGAUGUCAUUGUAGCUUGUGCUAUAUUGCACAACCUGGCAAGAACAAAAAAUGAAGAGGAACCUCCAGAGGACCCAGAAGUAAAUAUUCCACCAGAGCCUAUAUUUCCCUCCUCUGCAGCAAAUCCCAUUGGUGAAGAAAGGCACCAGACUAGAAACAUUAUGUUAACUUAUUUUCAAGCACUAAUUUUAUAAAACAGGAAU